AUGCAGGUUGGUGAGUACCAGGGUGCAUAUAAGAUCACCAAAGGACUUCUAAAGAAAUAUGGUCCGGAGAGGGUUCUUGACACACCUAUCACUGAGGCUGGAUUUGCUGGAAUUGGAGUCGGUGCAGCUUAUCAUGGUCUAAAGCCUGUAGUAGAGUUUAUGACUAUGAACUUCUCGAUGCAGGCGAUCGACCACAUUAUUAAUUCUGCAGCAAAAUCAUAUUACAUGUCCGCUGGUCAGAUACAAGUGCCCAUUGUGUUCAGAGGCCCUAAUGGUGCAGCUGCUGGUGUUGGCGCACAGCAUUCACAGUGCUUUGCGGCAUGGUAUAGUGCAAUCCCAGGAUUAAAGGUACUGGUUCCAUACUCUUCAGAAGAUGCCCGUGGACUGCUUAAAGCCGCUAUAAGGGAUCCAGAUCCGGUUGUCUUCCUUGAAAAUGAACUUCUGUAUGGAGAAUCAUUUCCUGUCUCAGCAGAAGCACUUGAUUCCAACUUUGUUAUUCCCAUUGGGAAAGCUAAGAUUGAGCGCCAAGGAAACGAUGUAACCAUCACUGCCUUCUCAAAGAUGGUUGGCUUUGCUCUCAAGGCUGCUGAAACUCUUGCAGAAGAAGGGAUUUCUGCUGAGGUGAUCAAUCUCCGAUCCAUUCGCCCUCUCGACAGAGCUACAAUAAAUGAUUCUGUUAGGAAAACCAGCAGGCUUGUGACUGUCGAAGAAGGAUUCCCUCAACACGGCGUCGGCGCAGAGAUUUGUGCUUCUGUUGUUGAAGAGAGCUUCGACUAUCUUGAUGCACCAGUUGAGAGAAUCGCAGGCACUGAUGUCCCGACACCAUAUGCUGCAAACAUCGAGCGAAUGGCUUUUCCACAGGUUGAAGACAUUGUUCGAGCAGCGAAGAGAACCUGUGGCAAGUCGAGUUAAUUGAGCUAUACAACGACACAAAAGACAAGGUCUUGUCGUCAUUCCUAUCGACAUCGAUAUAGUAAUUGUUCUCACAUCCUCAAAUAGUUCAGAAAAUGAGACAGCAGCAACAACGAUUCUUGAUCGUAAUUUCGCCAUAACCCGUUAUUACAGUUAGGAAAUAAGAAAGGAUCACACACUUGUCUCCUCCUAUUGGCAGUUUUGGAGGAUGCUGUUUUUAUCUAUGAGUAAAAAGAGCUGAAAGAGAGAGGGGGAGAAGCACAAAUUUAAGCAAGUAAGCAUUAUUAGUAUUAUGAAUGAUAUAUAUUUUAAAUUUGUUACUGAUUUUGAUCUGCCGUUGAAAAGCAUUCUUUCUUUAUUUAUAACUCAGGCCGAGUUUAAUUUCUACAAUUUAGGUUACUGAUUUGAUCCAACUUAAAUUGUUUUAAAUUUGCUUUAAA